AAUACAGCCGGUCGACGGAGUUCAAGCCAUUCGUUUCUGACGACAACUAGCGGAAGAUGAGUGGCCGCGGGAAAGGAGGAAAAGGACUCGGUAAAGGAGGCGCUAAGCGUCACCGUAAAGUCCUCCGUGAUAACAUCCAGGGCAUCACCAAGCCCGCCAUCCGCCGUCUGGCUCGCCGCGGCGGAGUGAAGCGUAUCUCCGGUCUGAUCUACGAGGAGACCCGCGGUGUGCUGAAGGUGUUCCUGGAGAACGUGAUCCGUGACGCCGUCACCUACACCGAGCACGCCAAGAGGAAGACUGUGACCGCCAUGGAUGUGGUGUACGCUCUGAAGAGGCAGGGCCGCACUCUGUACGGCUUCGGAGGUUAAACCUGAUCUGGAGAAACAACAACAACACAACGGCUCUUUUAAGAGCCACC